CCGCCAUUAUUGUUUUGAAGUGUUGUAAAUCCGGCGGUGCUCGAUAAUUUAUUUAUUUUCUAUUCUGAAGCUAGAAAACUGCUGUAAAAAUGAGUGAAAACGUGUUGAUCACCGACAUUUUUACAAAAUUCCAACAUAGCCUGGACUCCGACCAAGAAACUCGUGAGGUUAUAAGAACGAUUUGUAAGGAAAUAGACCAAAUAUCCCGCGAAGCGGUAACUUAUUUACAAAUCAUACACCACAAAGAGGAAGGCAUCGCUCAAGCAUGCCAAAAGACCCGAGGCCUCUUUGAAAAAGCUCGUGAAGGCUACAUGAAGCUAAAGGAGGCUGUACCCCCUACAGACUACUUCAAAUACCAUGACCAUUGGCGCUGGGUGACACAACGCUACAGUUUUUUGAUUUCUCUUGUCAUCUGGCUAGAGGUUGGCGUGCUGGCUUCACAUGAGACUGUUGCUGACAUCCUUGGCAUCAGUGCAGUUGAAGAGAAGGAAGGUUUCCACUUAGACAUUGAAGAUUAUCUCAUUGGGCUACUGCAGCUCUGCUCAGAACUGUCUCGUCUAGCGGUGAACGCGGUGACGCGCGGCGACUACAACCGGCCGCUGCAGAUCUCGCGAUUCGUGAUGGAGCUCAACGCCGGCUUCAGACUGUUAAAUCUCAAGAACGACCACCUUCGCAAGCGGUUCGACGCUCUCAAGUACGACGUCAAAAAGAUAGAGGAGGUUGUCUAUGACCUGAGCAUCCGCGGGAUGUUACCAAAGACACAAGAAGACAAGCCUGAAGAUGAAAAAAGCAACGAGGCUGCUUAAGCAAACUGUCAAUUAAUUAAUUAAGGGCACGCUACUGGCUACAGCUGUUAGAGCUAAGUAGUUAAGAUUAAUAAGAUUAAACUUUUUUUUUU